GAAGAGUUUAAUUAAAUAUUUAAUUAUUUAUUGAAUUCCUGAAGUAAUUUAGUUUCCGUUUGAAUUUUCAACUGGAAACAUAAUAUUGUAUCAAAAGAAUAUUUUAACAGUAUAAUGCAUACAGUGUAACGUUACCAGCUAUCUUUUAACUUUAGCUACAUUAAAACAAACAAAAAUGGGAGGAUGUCGCUGCACAUAUCGUAAUUGUACUGUAAAAUCUGAUGGACAAGUCCAUUUGUUCCACUACCCUGUGUUUGACAAAUUGAGAUGCCAUCAAUGGUUGAUGAAUGCACAUAGGCUAGAUUUCCUAGACCUACGAGUAUCACAGCUCAAAAAUAGAGUGGUGUGUCAACAUCAUUUUGAGGAUCACAAUUUUAUGAAUUACAAGAAAGACAAACUCAAAUUUGAUGCUGUCCCAACUAAAGAUGGACCCUACUGCGACAAAAGCGAGUGGAGCUCCCAACCAGUAGAUGUUCACAAGUUGUGUCCGAUCGUACCAGAAGAUAUUGAGAAUACCUACUGUACCACUUAUGACAAGAAAACAAACUAUUCUUUGAAGUAUAGUGACUUCCUGACUAACAGCGACCCAUCAGAAAUAAGUGAGUUGGAAAUAAAUAAUAAAGAUAAGUUUCUUAAUGAGAAUCCACUACAUAAUAUACAAACAAUUGCAAGAAAUGACAUAGUAUUGAAGGUUGAGCCUAAUUUUAUUGACCACAAUCUGAAUAACAAUACUUCGCAAGAUGUAAAUAAAUCACAAAAGCUAAGUAGCAAUAUUCAACCUCAUGACUUUAUUCAAAUAAAAAAUUUAAAUAAAUCCCCAACCACCAGAGGGAAGGUUAACAAAUCUAGAAUUAAAAUUAUAUCUGAAAAAAAAAUCAGAGAUCCAAUACCAAUAAAAGGUAAGUUUAAAAAACUACCACCCUCUGUUACAUUGCCACCUCCCCAGAAUAAAUCCCUGUGUGCAGUACCUGACAUAAUACCUGAAAAAGUUAUGGAUAUAGAAAAUAAACUAAAUAAUAUAACCUUUGAUAAGAGCUAUGUUGUACAAGUGGAAUUUGAUCCCUCACAUAACAUACGAGAUCCGAUGGCAAUUAAUAAUAACACUUCAUCAAAAGUUGUUCAGGACAGUUCAAUAGUGGAAUACCCUCCAAAUGAUGUUAAUCUUACUGAAGAUAAGGACAAACUCCAAAUCUCAUUUACUACACCAAAUAUUCCGAAAGAUGUACCUACCUCACCUCAAUCGAAACGAUUGCUACGCAAAGUAAAUUUGACUCCAGAAAGAAAAGCUGCUAUUGAUUCAAAAAGACAGUUCAAUAAGCUCCUAAGAAAUGUUAUACAGGCUUGUUUAGAAACAAAGGAUGGCACAGAAAUCAGUAAAGACUGUGCAGCGACUGACAAAAUAGAAGAAAUAUCAAAACAGUUAAGCUUAGAUCUAAAAGAUAUCAAGAAAGAAAACAAAACAAAAAGUACACAGAAAGUGAUUAGAACAAAGCCUACUGUUGAAAGUCAAUCAAUUCUUAAACCAAAUACACCAGUGGAUGCAAAUGACAGUUUACUAACGUUUUUGGAGUCUAGGUUGCAAACACUGGAAAGCAAUGUAAUGCAUAAAAUAGACCAAAAUGCAAUGCAGAUAUCAGAGAUGAAGAAACAGUUAUCUAAAGAACCUCCAAAAGAUGCUUCCACCCAAACAUAUGAGAAUGAAGAAAGCUAUAAAAAGUUUCUUUUUCAAGAAAUAUCACAGUUUUUAAGUCCCAGUUGUAAUAGUUCAGUAUAUGAGGAGCUUUUUAUAAAUAAAUAUAGUCUCAAAGAAGGAACUACUCAGCCAAAAGCAAAAAGACGGAAACGGUAAUAGCUAAUUAAAUUUUAUUGAUAGUAGAAUAAGUUAAUUAGAUUUAUUUUUGAAAGUACUACAUAUUAGGGAAAUUGAUUUAUAUGCAGGCUGACCUACAGAAUUUGGUUAUAUGACUUGUGUCAGUUAAGUAUUUGUGUAUUAACCCACAAAAGAAAUUGUUGAGUACUCUCUUCAAGUUCUAAAUGAUCUAAAUAAUGUAAGUGCAUUCAUAACUCAAUACGUAAUUUUUUGUCUGAUGACACAUAAAUGCUUAACAGGUUUCAUAUAGCCCAGUCACUGAUUAAAGGAUAGGUUACACAGUGCGAGCAGUUGACUGGAUAGUAGGCAGCUACUGGGUCACCUCCCUGGGUCACACCAUGCACGCUGUUGACCAGCUGUUGACGUUGCAUUAGAUAUGAAAUGUUCCAAUGACAUAGCCUAGUCAAGUUGUAUCUGUGUAAUAAAAAAUGUUGUAGUAACUCGCACCCUAGCAACUGAUCCACUCGCACAUGAAAGUAAAUCGUAUGAAACGGUCACAUGGUGCAAAAAGCUGCCCCUCAGUAACUGAUUAGGCCGUACCGUGUAACCCAGGCAUUACACAGAACUGCAUAGCUGCCUAUUAAAUAAAUUUGUUACAUACACUGAAAAUAUUUAUAGUAGUUUAUAUUUUUAUUGUGUGUCCCUAAAGAAAAUCAAAUGAGCAGUUCUUAAGUAAAACUAGAUUUUUUAACGGGUUUUUAA